AUGUCAUCCGAAACCACACCCACCAUAGAAUAUGGCUUCAACUCCAAUCAAGGCGUAAACUGGUCCGACUACCUUACCUUUCGUCCAGUCUACCCGCCCUCUUUCUUCGAAAAAGUCUUUACCUACCACUCUCAAAAACCCCAUUCCACCUGGUCCCUUGCUCAGGAUGUCGGCGCCGGCUGCGGAAUCGUCUCAUCAAGUCUCGCCCCGCGCUUCAACAAAGUGAUCGUCUCUGAUCCGAACGACGGGUACACCGCGCUCGCUCGCAGAGUCCUAGUCGAGGAAUCCGGCCUUCCUGAAUCUAGCUUCCGGUUCCUGAAGGAAAGUGCCGAAAGGAGCUCUGUGGAGUCUGGCUCGGUCGACCUGAUCAUGGCGUGUGAGUGUAUCCACUGGACAAGGCCGGAGAUUGCGAUUGCGGAAUUUGCGCGGGAGUUACGCCCGGGUGGGACGCUUGUCAUUACGCAUUAUAAUUAUCCGCGCAUUGUCGGAAAUGAGAGGGCUCAGAGGGCCUGGGGGGCUGUUUGUUCGUUUUAUGCGAAUGAGGUUCAUGAUCCGAUGCUUGAUCAUGCACUAAGAAUUUUGAAUUCUGGUACUGAGGCUCUAGGAUUCCCUGUGGACGACUGGGAGGGCGUGAGGAGAUUAUAUGUUAAUGCUCGGGGGAGUAUUGAGGCUUUUAGGAUUAAUGAUCGAGUUGGUGAGAGUCAAGUUAGGGAUGGAGAGGAGAUUGUUUGGGAGGAGAAUGACGUGGAUUGGAUGGAUGAGCAGGACUGUGACUGGUUUAGAGGUUAUUCAUCUACCUGGACGACACCGAGUGUAUCAGAGGUGGACAUUAAUCCACUGUGGGAUGAGAUGGAGAGGGCCUUUGAGGGGAAGAAAGUGAAGACUGCUACGCCGCUUGCUAUGGUAUUUGCUACGAAGAGACAUAGCUGA